UUUUAACAACAAGAAUUUGAGGAGCAUUAACACAGCUUCAAAAGUAGUUAGCCUCUCAAAAAUCAAAAUAUAUCCUCACUCAUAAACAUGUAUAUAAAAUAAGGUUUUGCAAAACAAACUCAUCACAAAGCCUAAAGCGGCCUUCUCAACCAAACUAAAUUUAGUUUGAAGCAAACUUUGGUUGUGGCUUUCACCUCUCUGCUUUGCAAUGAAAACUGCUUGCAUUUUUCUAGGCAUUUUGCUGUCUUUUCUUUUGCUUGUAAACUUCUGCUAUGCAGCAGAAGAAAGUGUUACUGAAUUUCAGUCUGGAAAAGGUGCAGCUGGUGUAACAGCUAAGAAUGGAGAAGAGGAAGAUGAGAAAUUCAAGUUUCUUCUUCACCACAAACCAUACUACAAGAAACCAUUUCUAAAGCCAAUUCCAUACAAACAUCCAUUUCUCAAGAAGCCCAUCCCAGUUCACCCAUUCCACAAAAAGCCAAUUGUAUUCGAGAAGAAGCCACUUCCAGUUCAUCCAUUCUUCAAGAAGCCAAUUGAUCACCCACCAGUCUUCCACACCCAUCCUUGAAAAAUCCCUUCUUCUUCCACUUUACCUUGUCUUUGACAUAAUUAUGAAGUGAGUUUAAUUAUAUUUAAAAAUUAAAAAAUAAAAAAAGAAGCCGUCAGUUAUUCUAUUAUUACUGUACUUUGUGUUGAGUGUAUUAUUAGAUGAAGUUGUUUUCAAAUAAAGCUUUGUAUUGUAUCUGUGUUGUUUCUGUUUAAACUGUCCAUUGUAAGUUUCAUCUAUGAAGUGCUUUUGUUGGUUUGGAUGCCA